AAUCCAAACAAUUCUUAAAAAAUUGAUUAAGUGAUGGAUAAUAGAACUCCCCUCCCAUUGUAUCUGUAUCCAUAUACUGAUCGGAGACAACGGAGGAUGGAAAACUGUGAAGUGUAGCUUAACUUAAAUCCACCAAGACCAAGAAAAAAAGGAAAAAUGGACCUCCAUUGAUAUUGUGACGUUGUCCUCACUCCCAGUCAACGCCUAGCUUUUUAGGCUAUAUGUUCUCGCAUAGCUCCCUGCUGCUUUUCACAAUCUGAACCAUAAAAACAUGGUAUUGAACAUAACCUCCAUAAAAACAUCCUCCAACGGAGCAUGGCAAGGAGACAACCCUUUACACUUUGCUUUCCCUCUCCUAAUCCUUCAAAUCACCUUAAUCAUCUUCGUUAGUCGCUCCCUCUCUUUCCUCCUCAAACCUCUCCGCCAACCCAAAGUCAUCGCCGAAAUUCUCGGAGGGAUAGUGUUGGGUCCAUCGGUUCUGGGAAGGAACAAAAAGUACAUGCACAGAGUGUUCCCAACAUGGAGCACGCCGUUACUCGAAUCCGUCGCCAGCAUAGGUCUUCUCUUCUUCUUGUUCCUUGUGGGUCUCGAACUCGACUUGGUCUCUAUUCGCCGGAGUGGAAGAAAAGCUCUCAGCAUAGCCGUCGCCGGCAUGUCUAUCCCCUUCGCCUCCGGCAUCGGCCUCGCCUUAGUCUUCCGCAAAACCGUCGAUGGCGCAGACAAAAUCGGCUUCGCGCAGUUCAUUGUCUUCAUCGGCGUAGCCAUUUCCAUCACAGCCUUCGCCGUGCUUGCCCGGAUAUUAGCUGAGCUUAAACUCCUAACCUCUAAGCCCGGUGGCACCGCCAUGGCCGCCGCGGCGUUGAACGACGUUGCGGCCUGGAUCCUCCUCGCCCUGGCCAUCGCACUUGCCGGCGACGGCGACAACCACAUACACAAGAGCCCCCUGGUGUCCGUCUGGGUGCUCCUCUCCGGCGCGGCCUUCGUUGUCUUCAUGAUGGUGGCUAUCAAGCCGGCGAUGGAAUUUAUCGCCGGGAAAUGCUCGCCGGCGAACGGUGACGUGGACGAGAACUACGUGUGUUUGACGUUAAUGUGCGUGCUGGUGUUCGGGUUCGUAACGGACUUGAUUGGGAUCCACUCGGUGUUUGGGGCGUUUGUGUUUGGGUUAACGGUUCCAAAAGGGGUUUUUGCAGAGAGGUUGAUUGUGAGGGUUGAGGACUUUGUGGUGGGGUUGUUGUUGCCGUUGUAUUUUGCGUCGAGUGGGUUGAAGACGAACGUGGCUACGAUUAAGGGAGCGGAGGGGUGGGGAUUGUUGGCGCUGGUGAUUGCUACGGCGUGUGCAGGGAAGAUAGUGGGGACGUUUGUGGUGGCAGUGGCUUGCAAGAUUCCGACGAGGGAGUCGUUGACGAUUGCGGUGCUCAUGAAUACUAAGGGACUGGUGGAGCUUAUUGUCCUUAACAUCGGGAAGGAGAAAAAGGUAUUGAACGAUGAAAUGUUUGCCAUUUUGGUGCUUAUGGCUUUGUUCACCACUUUCAUCACAACCCCAUUAGUGAUGUCCAUCUAUAAACCUAGUCAUGACAAAUCUUCUCGGACACUUCACAAACUGGGUGACAACACCACCAACGAUAAAGCCACAAAUGAGCUUCAAGCCAUGGCUUGUGUCCAUGGUCCUAACAAUGUUCCUUCCACCAUUAGCUUCAUUGAGUCAUGUCGUGGCACCAAUAAGUCCUCUCUCAAGCUCUUCAUCGUGCACCUCGUUGAGCUCACAGAACGUCCUUCCUCCAUCGUAUUGGCUCAAAACGUUCGCAAAAAUGGCUCUCUUUCUUUCAACCGCUCUAGCCAUGUUGAGUGGCUAGACCAACUCUAUAGGGCCUUCAAGGCCCAUAGUCAAUUGGGUCAAGUUUCGGUUCGGUCCACAACCGUUAUCUCGCCAUUGUCCACUGUACAUGAAGACAUAUGCCACGUGGCGGAUGAUAAAAUGGUGACUUUGAUCAUCUUGCCCUUCCACAAAAGGUGGAGGAAAGAGGAAAUGGAAGAGGAGGUGGAGAACAAUGAGGUUUCCCAACACCAAAUGGUUGAAAAUAUUGGUCAUGGAUGGAGAAGUGUGAACCAGAGGGUGCUUAAGAAUGCACCUUGUUCUGUGGCUGUGCUUGUUGAUCGGGGAUAUGGAAAUGGGCCUCAUACUUUGGGCCUACCCACUACUAUCACCCAUAGAGUUUGUAUUCUUUUCUUUGGUGGGCCUGACGAUCGCGAGGCCUUGGAGUUAGGGAACAAAAUAUCUAACCACCCUUCUGUUAAAGUGACUGUUGUGAGGUUCGUUCAAAAAUAUGCGUUGGAAGGUCUCUCUCCAAGCAAUAGUAGUGAGGGGAGCUACAAUGCAUCCAUUGCUAAAGUGAACCUUCAAAAGGAAAAGGAGCUAGAUGACACAACAAUGGCAAAGUUGGAAAGAAAAUGGUGUGGCCUGGUAAAUUGUGUUGAGAAGGUAGCAAGCAACGUUAUGGAGGAUGUGGUGGCAAUAGGGCGAAGUAGGGAUUAUGAUCUCAUAAUUGUGGGAAAGGGUCGAUUUCCGUCUAGUUUGGUGGCAGAUCUUAAGGAUAGGGAAGUAGAGCACGAAGAAUUAGGUCCAAUUGGAGACAUUCUAGCAUCAUCAACGUUGGGGGUGGUUUCUUCAGUGUUGGUAAUUCAACAACAUGAUGUGGCAUUGGACAAAGAGACCCCUUUGCCUUUGCCUAUGAUACCCCAUGAUGUAAUAUAGUUGGGUAACAAAAUUAAGCCAUGUACUAAGUAAAGUAGUUCGAUUAUUCUAUAGUUAAAAAUUUAAAUAAUAUGUAAUAUUAUAUUUCUUUUGGUCCUUUUUAUAAGAAAUAAAAUACUAAAUUACAAAGAUUAAGAAAAAUAAUUAAGUAUGUUAUCUUUUUUAUAAAUAUUUUAUUCUAAAAAUAUUCAUGAUAUUAAAUAGCGUAGUUAGUAAUUUAUAUAUUUAAUGAUACUAAUAAAAGAAAGUAAAUUUAUUAUUUAUUUUUUAUAAUAAAAAUUAAGAAAAUAUUUUAUUUUAUUUUUUAUAAAAAGGACUAAAGGAAUAUAUAGUUAUUUCUCAUUAAAAUUAAUAUACAGUUUAGUUUUUACAU